GGACGCUGCAUGCAGCUGCAGCUGGCGGAUCGGAUCGACCUAUUCCUAGGACCUAGCUAGCGAGGCUGCUCUGGAGCUGGAUGCGUUGAGAUUGCUGAGCUGAGCCAGCUGGACCUGGAAAAUUCGUCUUGGAUCAGGAUAAACUAAUAAUGACCUUCUAGUAUGGCUGAUGAUACAACAACUGUCUUUAAAUAUUUUUCAAGGCUUUUUUUAUUCAUUGUAAUAUACAUUGCUUUGAAAACAACAUUUUCACAGCUACUUGGUUCCGAGGAAGAAACCCCUUUUCAAACUUGGUUGAAGGAAAACGAGUUGGUGCAUCUUGAGAAGCUACUGAGGGAUGCUGGUUGUGUGAGCCUGGAGGAGGUAGCCCAAUUGGACAUUAACCAGCGGGCCUUGAGGAGACUCAGACCUCGUGACAAAAAACAUCUCGACGUCGCCAUAGAAGAGUUAAAAGACCAGCUGUUGCUCAAACAGUGGCUAGAGGACUAUUCUUCUCUCGGCCUUUUACCAAUACUUGAUGAUUUAGACAUCACGGUAUUCAGUGAACUUCACAAUGUUCUAAAGCUUGAUAUAGAUGCUAUAACCCAGGAGGACAUUGAUCCACUCAAAUCCAUCGCCGUUUACCAAGAACUCAGUCAACUACAGAGGGCGGUAGAGAAGGAGAUGGCCUCGGAUCGUCCGUACGAAUUGGACUUCUCCCUAGCAAGGCGCAUGUGGAGCGGCAUCUCACAUUUCGUUCAGAGCUUCGGCAAUGUCACCCUUGCAACGUUGAUAUGUGCCAUCGGGUUCGCCUGGGUGAAUGGAAACUACCGUACCGCCCAGGCCAGCGGGGCGUCGUCCCGUAGCCGGAAUGCCCCCAUCAUUGAUUACAUCACCGGGAGUCUGGUAGACCCAUGCAGGUGCCAGGUGGACUGGGGGUGGGAUGGACCGGUUCCUGUGGGAGAUACAAUGUCUUUCACCAUUAAGUUCUACCAAAGGAAUGGCAUGAAGUACGCGAUCUCAGACGCUGACCAGCUGGCCGUUGAGAUACUGGUCGGUCAGCAGCGGAUGGCUUGCUCUGUGGAGUACAAUGAAACAAACUAUAACUGGGUCAAGUGUGCAUUCACAGUGCGUCGGUCAGGAAUAUACACCAUCUCUGUCCGUCUGGGUCCAACCCCCAUCAGGGGUAGUCCGUUCUACAAAGAAUUUCUAGCCGGUGAUGUGGAUCCUCAUAAAACAGGUUUUGUCCAGCACAGCUCCACAGUGGUUGUCACACAGGGGCUCCUUCAUGGGCUCCAGGUGGAGCCAAGAGAUCAGUAUGGUAAUACAUGUUCUCCAGAGAGAUGGAACAAGGGACAUGACAAUGGAGACGAGCGAUGGCAUGGUUUUGAGCUCAAGGUUACAAGGGUAGGAGACCAAGCGUUUGAUUCUUUCAGUCCGCUCUAUGACAUAGCCCCGGUGAGGGACAGUCAGUGUAUUUCUAUGAUCAUCAAGCUAGAUCUGGCUGGCUGCUACAAGGCCAUUGCAACAUACCAAGGCACCCAGUUUAUGAAUGGGGAUUUUAACAUCCUUGUGCUUAAUGAAACGGACAUUGCCAAAGUCAGCAAAACCAUGAAGAAGAAGCACGUGGACAAUUGGUACGAGGCGACGUUGCUGGCCACCAACAAGGAGAAGUUACGCAAACCAAGGAAGGUCUACUGCUACAUCUCAUCCAAGCAGUUUACCAUCAAAGAAUAUUACCUCAUGGUCAUCCCAAAGAGAUUAUUCACAUUCAGGGUCUGCCCGGCAACUAAGUUUCAUUUUGAAGGAGGAGAGACUGAUCAGAGUGUGCCUGUGUUUACAAUAGAUGAUGGUGGACAACCUCCCAUUAAACUAGCUUCUAAGCACAGAGACAUCAUGGCCGCUACAUUCACUAAAUUCCUACUUAUGAAUAUAGGUGGAUCAGAGACCUUUCAAGAUAAGCAGAAAUGUUUCUAUUCAGAAGUUCUGAAGCAUCAUAAUAGGAAAGCAUCCAUCAUCAGUCUGAAUAUCGAUAGACACAACCUCCUGGAGAGCUCCAUGAAAGCCACUAAAAGUCUGUCGACAUCAGAAUGGUGUAAAAAGUUUGAGAUUCACUUCAUGAAUGAAGAAGGUCAAGAUUGGGGAGGUCUGAUGAGAGAAUGGAUUAAUCUGCUUUGCGUAUCUCUCUUUGAUCCAGACAACAAACUUUUCAAACGCUUUGAAGAAGACAAUAAUCAAGCCCUGGUCCACCCCAACCCGAACCGCCCAUCCUACCUCGGCAAGUUGAAAUACUAUGAGUUUGCAGGGAAGCUGAUUGGCAAGUGCUUGUACGAGUCAUCGAUUCCCAUGGCUACCUCGUCUCAAAUGGUUGUCAAGGCUAGGUUUACUCGAUCCUUUCUUGCCCAGCUCAUUGGUCUGAGAGUCACCCAUAAGUAUUUUGAGACUGAUGAUUCUGAAUUCUUCACCACCAAGGUGAGGUAUAUCCGAGAUAACGAAGUGGAAGACAUGGAACUCAAGUUCUCAGAAGAGGUGUAUGAUUCAAAUGGUCACCUUGAACAGAUUGUAGAGUUGCUACCUGGUGGCUCAAGUCUCCUUGUAACCGAAGACAACAAGAUGCAAUACCUUGAUCUAUUAGCUCAGUACAGACUUUCAACGUCGGUCCAGGAUGAAAUAGAUUCAUUCCUCAAAGGCUUGAACGAUCUGAUUCCAGACAACCUACUUAGUAUGUUUGAUGAGAAUGAGUUAGAACUACUCAUCUGUGGAACAUGUUGCUUUGAUCUGGCUGACCUCAAGGCUCAUCAUAUCCUAGCUGGGACAGGACCACAGUUCAGAAAGAUGAUAGAUUGGUUCUGGAUCGUGAUAGCUAGCUUCACCCAAGAAGAGAUGUCAAGGUUGCUUCAGUUUACCACAGGUUGCUCUCAGCUGCCCCCGGGAGGAUUCGCUGAACUCAAGCCUAAGUUUCAGCUGGUAGCUGCCCCGACCCAUGGUGUCCUCCCAACAGCUCAUACAUGUUUUAAUCAGCUGUGCUUGCCUACUUACGACACAAUUGAACAUCUCCAGAAGUCUCUUGUAUUGGCCAUCACUGAAGGGGUCGUGGGUUUCGGAAUGGCAUAGCUGAUAGGUCAAAGGUCAACCUGUAUGCAGUGCAAUGAUGGAAGGGAAUCGCAGUUAAGUGCAAUCAUGUAGAUUAUACUUAUAAAUAUAAUAUAUAUCCAAAUGAAUUUGGCUGAUUUUAUCUGACUUUAUAAUUUUUCUAAACCAUAGAUUAAAAAAACAAAGUUUAGUUACAUUAAAAAUACCCAAGUCUUGUAACACAAAGGUUGGUUCCAUGACAUUGGCUUUGGCGACAGUUGCUCCUAUGUGAUAUCUGCAUGUUAAGCCAAACCUAAAACCUAGCCUCCAAAUCUAUUAAAAUAAAACCUUAGUCCUAAUCUUUACAUUAUUCUGAACCAAAAAUUCUAUUUCAGUCGUAACUCUAACCAUUUGCCCUCUGAGAUAUUCAGACCGGAGCAAAUGUCGCAGGAGCAUCUGUCGUGUCACCCAAUGGUUAGUGAUGAAACGUUUGCAUAUUUUUCAUGAUGAGUUGUACAUUGUGGUCAAUGCAAUUAAUCGUUAAGAAAUGUUCUAUGAUGAUUGUUAAGCUUUGUGUUGACGCCCUCAGGGGGUGUUUCGUAAAGAGUUAAGCAUGACUUACAGUCAUUCCUAAAUGCUGAUGCACUCAUGAUAUGGGUCAUUCCAUGGGUUUGGGGCAACAAAAUCGUGUGAUGUCCAUGCAACGGUGGUAUCAGCUGUUUUCAUUUCACAGACAGGAUCAGUUCAAAUGGGCUUAAGUUUUGAUGCGUCAACUUGAAAAUGAUGUCCAAUCAUAGUAAUUCAGUUGCAAGUUGGGAUCUUUAAUGGAUUUGCUGCAAAACUAUUACAAAGUUUUACCACCGUUCAAUGGACAUCACACUGGCAUAACCUUGGCAAUGAAUUCUCAGGUGUGAAUCUGCAAUACAUCAUGAUGCUUUAGAAGUAAAACUUGGUGAGACAACAUUUUUGUUGGUAAUUUUAUGCAUACAUUUGCCUUCUUUACAUGAGACAUGGUUUUGGAGGUCUAGUAUGUCGCAAAAAUUGCCCCAACCCCAUGAAAUGACCCACAUGUAACGUGCAUUCUUCCUGAUUCAUAUGCAGUAGCACAUGUCCUCUUAGCAUAAGUUGACCUAUGUAAUGAAGCUUUUUUUUUACUGCAUGCAUCUGGGACUGUAUCAUCUCUGAAUCACACUGAUUUUAGGGGCUUGUUUGCUGACAAAUAUGCUGUGGUCAAAGGUGUUAAUUAUGAUUACGGAUUGGAUUUUGAAAAGGAAUCUGUUGCCGGUGCUUGUGUAGAUUUAUCCUUACCAGAAAUAUACACCACCUGCAUCUUGCAAACAUAAAAAAAAAAAAGCUGCACUAAGUUUUGUUAAAUCAAGAAAUAGUCAAUUUUUAUGCCUCCACCCACCAUAGGUGGUUGCCGGAGGCAUUAUGUUUUCGUGUUUUUCAUCCGUCCCGUUUUCAUAAGGCUUGAGAAUCCUCAAAAUUUGUGUUAGGAAUUCCACUGUUUUAGGGACUAUCACUUGUUGACCUUGCUUUUAAAUAUUUAAAACAAGUAUUUCAUAGAUGCUGUAAAUGAAUUUGAUGAUUAUUGGUCGUAGGGUAUUGAAGGAAUGCUAUGUACUCCACUGGGGUGUUUCACGAAGAUUUAAGUAUGACUAAGAGUUGCACUUAAAUGUCUAGUUACGCGUUGUAUAAAAGGCAUGACAGUAUUGGUCAGAUCAUGCCACGAGGAAGCACACCAUUGAUCAAUAAGAUCGUGUGUUGCAUAUCAGAUACGCGUCAGCAUUUAAGUGUGUCUCUAAGUCAUAUUUGAAUCUUUGUGAAACACCCCCCAGAAUGGGCACUGUUCUAUCCACAUGAAGACCUGAAUCUUUCUAGAGAAUUAUUAGUAUGCAAUUGUAAAGAGAACAGGGUGUUGUCACCUGCGCCUUCAAUCAAGCUGCUUGUUGCAGUAAGAAAUGGAUUUAGAGAUACCAAGCCAUGCUGUGGGUCACAGCUUUUAGAUGGAGAUGAUAAAUGUCAGUUCUUACAGACAGGGUUGGGCUAAAUUACAUUCUUCAAUUACAAUUACAAUUUUGUAACUGAAGAAAUGUUCAAUUACAAUUACUUUUCAAU